CGGCCUAUCUGGUUCCAUUCCUUCUGAGAUAGGAAAGUUGAAAAAACUCCAGAGGCUGAGCCUAUGGGGAAAUAAGCUCACUGGUCCAAUCCCAACUUCACUAGGUAACCUGAGGGAUCUGACUCUUUUGCAUCUAUAUCAGAAUCAACUUUCUGGUUCAAUCCCAGAAGAGUUAGGCAACCUGAAGUCUCUGGUCAAAUUCGAAGUAAGUGUGAAUCAACUUAACGGGUUGAUUCCUACUUCACUUGGCAAUUUGAUAGAAUUGGAAACUCUGUUUCUUCGCCAUAACCAACUUUCUGGCUCCAUUCCCCCGGAGCUAGGGAAACUGACGAAGUUGGUUCUCUUGGAAAUGGAUGAAAAUCAGUUCUCUGGUCAUUUACCAGAAGGGCUUUGUAGCAGUCAAACUCUUCAAGACUUCACUGUCAACAAUAACAGCCUUUCUGGUCCAAUUCCUGAAAGCUUGAAAAACUGUGCAAGUUUAGUCAGAGCUCGAUUUGAUGGGAACCAGUUCACUGGGAACCUGUCUGAAUCGUUUAGUAUUUAUCCACACCUUGAAUUUAUCUUUCUUAGCAACAACAACUUUUCUGGGGAGCUCUCAAACAACUGGGGUAGAUGCAAAAACUUGACAACUCUUUUAAUUGCAAAUAACAGCAUCACAGGUCACAUUCCUCCAGAAUUUGGGAAUCUGCCUAAUCUGGGCGCCCUUGAUCUUUCUUCAAAUCAGAUAGCUGGGGAGAUUCCAAAGGAACUUGGGAAGCUGAAGUCCAUUCAACGGUUGCUUUUAAAUGACAACCAACUCUCGGGUGGUAUACCUCUUGAGUUAGGAUCGCUGACAGAUCUACUCUCUCUCGACCUAUCAGUGAACUUAUUAAAUGGAUCAAUUCCAGGAAGCAUAGGAGAGUGCCAGCAACUAACCAUUUUGAACUUGAGCAGCAAUAGUUUAAGCCACAGUAUUCCAUCCCAGUUGGGUAAGUUAAUUCACCUUAACCUUCUUGAUUUGAGCCACAAUUUCCUCAUCGGAGAGAUACCAACUGAAUUCGGAAGUUUGAACAAUCUGGAAACGUUGAAUCUCUCCCAUAAUAACCUUUCAGGUUUCAUUCCAAAGGCUUUGGCAGAAUUGCCUAGUAUUCCGCAUAUAGAUUUAUCUUUUAAUGAGUUAGAGGGUCCAAUUCCUUGUGGAAAAGCAUUUGCAAAUGCCACUAUUGAACAACUUAAAGGGAAUAAAGGUUUGUGUGGCAACAUUACAGGGGUACGGCCGUGUGAUAGUCCUCAAUUGGUCAAAAAGCAUGAGAAUGGGCAGAAACUUGCUCUCAUAAUUGCACUCCCUCUUGUGGGAGCACUCAUGCUUCUUUCUGCGUUUGCUGGAAUUCUCUUUUUUCACGAAAAAAGAAAGAAAGAUCCAAAAGUGAAAGACGGGGAUGUAAAGGGUGGAGAUGUGUUCUCUAUAUCCUUAUUUGAUGGCAAAGAAAUGUAUGAGAACAUCUUAAAAGUGACGCAGGAUUUUGAUCCAACAUUUUGCAUAGGGAAAGGAGGUCAUGGAAGUGUUUACAAGGCAAAUCUUCCACUGGCUAACACAGUGGCUGUAAAGAGACUCCACCACUUGUCUGAGUCUGCAGAUCAAGAAGGUUUCUUGAAGGAGAUAAGGGCCUUGACAAAGAUCAAGCAUCGAAACAUUGUGAAGCUUCAGGGUUACUGCUCAAGUGCUAAAUAUUCGUUUUUGGUUUUUGAGUACCUUGAAAGAGGCAGCUUGGCUAAACUUUUGAGCAUUGAAGAAGAAGCUAAAAAAUUGGAUUGGCAGAAAAGGAUAAAAAUCAUUAAGGGCAUUGCUCAUGCUUUGUCCUACAUGCAUCAUGAUUGUUCGCCGCCUAUAGUUCAUCGAGACAUUUCAAGCAACAAUGUUUUGCUUGAUUCAGAGUAUGAAGCUCAUGUCUCAGAUUUUGGCACGGCGAAGCUUCUGAAGAUAGACUCGUCUAAUUGGAGUGCAGUAGCAGGCACCUAUGGAUAUGUUGCACCAGAGCUUGCCUACACAAUGAGAGUAACUGAAAAAUGUGAUGUCUACAGCUUUGGGGUCCUAACCCUUGAAGUAAUCAAAGGGAGCCAUCCUGGUGACUUCAUUCCUCACCUUACAUCGCCCACAUCUGUGAACAUCCAACUGAAAGACUUGCUGGACCAACAACUUCCGUAUCCCGGUCAGGAAGUUGAAGAGACUCUAGUAUCAAUUCUCAAGCUUGCAAGGGCCUGUCUGAAUGUUGAUCCUCAAUCAAGGCCAACCAUGCACAUGAUUUCUAGUCUUUUAUCAAUGGGUGCACAAGCACUACCUAAGCAUCUUCAUGGUGACUUUCAGCUGGCUUAGGAUUUCUUGACAUUUAUCUGUCUCAUGGGCUAUAUUAUUUUCUUUGUUGUCAUAUCUCAGCUUUAAAUUUAGUUUUUCUAUUGGCUUCUUGUUGGUGUGGCGUUGUCCCACAUCGACUUUUGUAUAAGGGAAUCUUUCCUUUGGUUGCCUAUAAAUAUAGUGGGCCUGUGAUGGGGUUAAGAGCACCAAGACCAAGAGAGCAUUAGUGGGCUAUUUGGGCCUUUGAGUCAUUAAGCCUUUUGUUUAGUUAAAUACUUUUGGGCUCUCUUGUGUUUUA